AACUAUAGUGUUUAGUAGCAAAUUAUCUAUUGAUCUUAAUGAUAGUUUUGCACUCUACCAGCAACUACAGCUAAUAACUUUUUCAUUUUUGUUAUCUCGAAGAACACUUAACAUCAAAAUUAAUUUAGUAUUACUGAGAGAAAAGAAAAAAGAGCUCUAAUUAAAUUUAUAUAUUGUUUAGUCCCUUCUGAUCUGAUGUAGGUAUUCGGUUUGGCAAAGAAGAGUUUUUAAUCACAUGUGCUAUGUCUGGGGAACCGCGGCUCCGAGCAUGUUGUGUCGGAGUUUGUAUAUGGUCCAAUCCGUAAAAUCUUUGCUUGCGCCAUUUAGACUCCCCGCUGUUAUUGGCUGAAAGCGUUGACUGUUGUGACUUGUGGCGUAAAGAUGUCGCCACAUGUGUAACAAAGUGACCUUUCUCUCUGCUCUCACUAUAUUUUAUGACGCGGAUGAAAACAAACUUACGUUUUUGUUGUUUUUAUUUAUUGUUAUGUAACAAUCAUGUUUACAAUAGUUGAAUAGCCGUAGUUUAAACAUACAGAGUCAUCGUUGUUGCUCGGAUGAAAUUUCGUGAGUUUGUCAUAUCAGAUUGAGUGUGGAGUCGGAUAACUAUAGACCAAUCAUUAAAAAUUAUUUUCAAAUUACUGCAGUGUGAACAGAACCUAACAGCAACGGACAAUGAGAGGUAAGUUAUUACAAUUAUUAUCACUACCAUAUAUUAAUAAUUCUUACUACAAUUCCGAAAUUCAUAACUUUUCAGUUAAUCCACUUCUCAAGAAACUGGCUCUUGUACAUCCUGUAAUUCAGCAUGGCAGGACCAAAAUAAAUCUAUCUACCACCCGACACAAGCGUAGUUCACAUCAUAGCAAAGUGCUGGUCACGAUUGAUGUAGACGGUGAGGAGUACACCCUGGAGUUGAGGUUGAACCAUGGAUUACUGCCUGAAGGUCAUAUCAUCAGCUACCAAGAUCAGGAUAAGAUAGUUCUACACAGGCCUAAGAGAGAGGAAUUAGAGUUAUGUCAGUAUACGGGACACGUGAGAGGGAAACAUAACUCGUGGGUGGCAGUUUCUACGUGCCAUGGUCUCAGAGGAGUGAUCCACGAUGGAGCCAAGAUUAGAUAUAUCGAGCCAGCCGAAGAGCAAAACAUACAGUCGGCACAUUAUAUAUACGAGAAUAGUGAGUUCAAAAGACAUGGUAAAUGUGGUUACGUUGAGGGUGUCAAAAAGGCUAAUAACAAUCAGUUGAUGAAGAUUCACGGAAACAGGUCGAGCAGGCAUAAAAGAUCCUUCAUACAAAGGGGUUUCUUCGGCAACAACGAGAGAUCUCGCUACGUAGAACUGGUAUUGGUUGCAGACCACGCCCAAUACUUGGGAGCCAGGAGAGAUCUGAGGGCUCUGCAUCAUCAGUUGCAGGAGACCACCAAUAUAGUCAAUGCGGUUUUCGCGCCCCAUAACGUGUUCAUAGCACUGAUUGGUAUAGAGGUCUGGACAGUAGAAGACAGGAUUCCAUUAGACCCCAACAGCCAAGUGACUCUCGACCACUUCCUUGAAUACCUCCCUGUUCUUUUGAAAUCCGUUGGGCGUUACGACCAUGCUCAGCUCAUGACGGAUACACCUUUCGACAAAUCCCACGUAGGAUUAGCGUACGUGGGGUCGAUGUGCUCCUCUGGAUCUUGCGCGGUUAUUUACCGUUCCGGUUACAAUGUGUCCGUGGCUACCAUUGUCAAGAACGCAUAUAACAUAGCCCACGAGCUAGGCCACAGCUUCGGAAUGCGCCAUGAUACUGAGGACUGCGAGUGUCGGGAUAACUUCUGCAUCAUGAGUGAACAAGAGCAAACUCAUCUGCCUACUCAUUGGUCGGAUUGUAGCCUGAGAGUGCUUGACGAGGACUAUUCUGAUGGCAAUUUCUCUUCAUGUCUAAGAAAUAAACCAGUUCACCUAUUUGGAAACCCUUCAUGUGGUAAUAGCUUUCUGGAUCCUGGGGAAGAUUGUGACUGUGGCAUCAACGUCGACGAUAAAAUAAAUGCGUGUCAAGCAUGCUGUCAUCCCGAAACAUGCAAACUGAGGUCUAAUGCCACUUGCAUUAGGGGUGAUUGCUGCGAUAUUCAGAUGUGCCAGUUUAAGAGCAUGGGUACUCUAUGCCGUGUUGCGGAGCUAGAAUGCGACCUGCCCGAAUACUGCAAUGGACUCUCCGAAUACUGCCCCGAGGAUGUGUUCACAUUGGACGCCAUUCCUUGUUCUGGCCAGUUGUGUGUUACAAAGUAUUGCCUGCCUGUGGAUUACCAGCGACAGACGAUUAUAAGACAGCAUUCAAAUGGCUGCCUUACCAACUGUUCUGGGCAUGGAGUUUGUAACUCAAAAGGUCAUUGUCACUGUGACGAUGGUUUCGCACCUCCCAUGUGCAAUUUACCUGGUGGUGGAGGCUCAGAGGAUUCCGGGCCCGCCAACAGAGCCGUUUUACCUUCUCAAUUUGAAUUAAAAGCACCUCCACAUCAGGGCCGCCGUAAUCAUACUACACCAACUACAUUGUUUGAACUGGACCAGAUUAAUGUAGGAGCAUUUGAGAGAUCACCAUACUAUUCCAAGCCUUAUUCUUGUUGUGAAGUACACAAUUAUAUUAACUUCAUUGGGAUUGUCGUUGUUAUCUUGGGCAUGAUGUUUUUAAUAUAUCAUAUCAUGAAGCUCAGAAUCAUCGCUCAAUUUGGUCAAAAAGAAAAUCUGGAGUCACCAUCGUCUACUGGCUGUUUAAGGCAUGCGAGUAUUAAGAAAGUUGUGGCUACCAAAAUACUUACCAACAAGCUUACCUUACCCAAUACCGAGCACAACCGUUACCAUUUACCAUUACAAUACCAAAAGGUUGCCUGGAUUUAACAGAUAUAAUACAUAUAUAUAUAAGAGAUGAUUAAAACAAACACAAGACAAAUCAAGCACUUUAAUAUCAUGCCGACUUCGUUGCCCAGAAACCAGAAGAAGCUAGUUCUGAAAAGAACUGUUUGUGAGCGCGUGCACAUUGACAUGCCACACAUCGUGCAUCAGCAGUUCUUCCAGGCAGCAUCAGCAUCUUCACACGCCAAUUCUUCACACUGCAUAAUCGUCCAUCGGAUCUCCGUCCAAAACAACUCAAGAGUUCGACGCACACACUGCACUUCGCGAGAGCUUCACGAGCGCGACCUCACGCCGCAAGUUCAAACUAACACUGAGGCGGGGACAAGGGGUCUUCCCAAACUCCUGUGCAGGAGUUGGAGUAAAUCAUCUUCUUCUAUCUUCUGGGAGUUCCCAUCGGUGGCGGCGUCGUCACUGAGCGACGACGUCUGCCGCAAGGCAGCGAGGUGAGGGCUUCACGCGACGGUCCGGAGGGCGGGCGUGGAGCGGCGCGAUGCCGCGCAGGUGGACGUGCGAUGAUGCGUCCGCCUUCUCAAAUGAGGCGGAGAGCAAGCAGCAAGACAGUUUUAUACCCGAGCAAGUUUCAACCAACACACAUCGCGUGCCCAUCGCACGUAGCGCCCUCGGCGCGCCUGCGGCCGCACCGGGCGUCACAGAAACUCAAGCUCGACACGUGUAGCGGAAACGGGACGGGGCUAUCCAGACUCAGGAGACUGCAAUGCAAAAUUCUCAGAAAUCUAUGCAAAUCCAUUUUAUUAUCCUCAAAAACUUUUCGUUAGAUUUCUACUUGUAAAUACAAUCACACUAUUGGCUAUAAUUCGAUAUUUCUGGAUUGUUAAAAAAUUUUUCGUUUUUUAGCUUUAGUUUUAAUUUGAUUUAAUUAUAUUGUUAUUAUUUGUUAAAAAUAA